CCAGGCAGUGGAUGUAGAUGGCGGGUAGGAGGCCUCCGCUGGUUGGACGAGCAAGACAAGUGACGCCGUCGUCUUCUCCAAUGGGAGAGCAUCUCUUGUUUCUCGAGUGUUCCCUGACCUGCUGGCCAGACAAGGCCUGUAGAUGCCUGGAAGGAGGCCUUCGCUGGUUGGACGAGCAAGGCAAGGCGCUUUCCCCGCUUAGUACUGAGCAGACCAACUGCGUCUCAUUCCUCAAAGUGAUUCCUGUCAGCUACGAAAAGAAGUACACAUGCCAGUAUGUGAAGAGUGGCGACGUAGAGGUCCAGGUCCAAUACACAGCCGCUUUGACGAAAGGGAACACAAGAGGUCCUGAAAGUCCUGGAGCGCCACCACCUGACAGCAAAUUCUUCAUUAUCAUCGGCGCCGCGGGCGGCGGCAUUUUGAUACUGAUCAUCGUUGUUGUGGCCAUCAUCCUCGUUAAAAUAAAGUCAAGAAAAAACGCAGGACAAGAUGACUCCAAACAUGAAGAAAACAACGUGACCUACGCCAGCGUCAGUUAUGACCACAACACAGAAAUCAACAAGCACCAAGGUGGGUCCCCAGAAGAAACUGAGAGCGGCGUGACAUACGCUACUGUGAACCUGAAGAAGAAGAAGAAAAAGGAGGAGGAGAACGGAAAAAAACAGGUGGCUGAAGAGGGAGAGGAGGUGGUGACCUACGCCGCCGUCAGGACGCCGGCCAGGAUCCCGCCUCAGCAAGAUGGCAGCCAGUGAAAAGACAAUCAACAGGAAAGGACAUGUAGUUGUCAUGUCAACAAAGUUAAGGAGCGCCGGCCUUAUCGACACACAAACACGCGCAGAAACACACAGUUUGCGGCUGUCGUUGAGUUGGAAAGACAACUCAUUUGAAUAUUUAUUCAAAUGAGUUGUUGUUGUUGUUAUAAGAAUUGUGACUUUUCAUACAACUAAAACCCUGGCAGGGGAAACAUGUUUAAUGUUUAACUGAAAAAAUACAGCGAGUGAUCUUUGAACCGCAUGCAAUUGGCUUAACAGACUUUUGAUUCCAUGACAAAUCAAAUAAAUAAACAGCCAGUAAAAGUCA